AAGGAGAGUCUCUCUGGUUCGCGCUUUGAACCGGCUGGCAUCGUGAGAACCGAAGAAAAGAAUAAAUAAGAUUCCUUUUCUUUGACUGGUUCUACCCUUGCUGAAUUUCCGUUCCGCUAAUUCAAGAUGUCCGCUAGUCACUCUUCAGACAGAGAGGCAAAUGGGGUGUCGUCGGUGCCUCCCUCGUUACCACCGAAGAGGGCAGCCUCAGACGACGAAGGGGACGAUGAAGACGCAUUGAAGAAAGAGACAUCACGAGAUAGAGAGCCGAAAUUUACACAGCCAAAUGAUGAGGAGGAGGAGGAAGAAGAAGAAGAAGAGGAAGAGGAAGGGGAAGCGAGAGAGGAGUGGGAAGAGGAAGAAGAAGAAGAAGAAGAAGCUCCUGCCGCAUCUACGUCUGCGCCUGCACCCCCGUUGCCCGACGAAGUCCCUCCGCCGCUCCCCGACGAGGCACCGCCAGGUCAAGCCCAGACGGCCGACGAUGGAUGGGAACCGGUUUGGGAUGCCGCUGCCCAAGCGUACUAUUUCUACAAUCGGUUUACGAGCGUGUCACAAUGGGAAAACCCUCGCGUGCCGGAUGCUGCUGCUGCUACCGCUGCCGCUGCCGGUGUUGGUGCUGGUCAGGACGAGCCGGAGACGGCAGAGAAGCGCAAGUCUCCCUCCGACGCGGCAGCAGAUGUUGGAAGAUAUAACCCGGCGAUCCACGGGGACUACGAUCCCACCGCGCCGUAUGCGCGCCGGUACGAGCAGGAAGGAGGGCAAGGGGCCGGGCCUGGAGGCGUGGCGGAAGGAACAGAGCCGGCGACUGCUUACGCGGCGACGGGGGCCUUCAAUCGGUUUACAGGACGCUGGCAGGCGGCAGAGCUGGCGCCGGAGAACUUCAACGACGAGAACAAGGCGCGGCGGCAGAUGCGGGCCUUCUUCGACGUGGACGCGGCGGCGAACAGCCACGACGGGCGCAGUCUCAAGGCGGAGCGCAGCGCAAAAAAGUUGACGCGCAAGGAGGUCAAGCAGUUCAAAGAGAAGCGCAGGGAGAAGAAGGAGGAAAAACGACGCGCCUGGUUGAGGGAUUGACCUGUUGAAUAUCCUCGCCUUUCUACUAUUCUAUUUCCCCCCCUCGAGAUACCUUUAGCGGAGUAUGGGUGGCCGGGCGUUUUCUCUUAUUAUCAUGUAUUAUGGAUUAUAUCAAUAGAUGGCAGCAGUAAUCUAUAACCACCC